UUAGUGCACAAAAUAUGCAGAUUCGAUCAACCUCUCCAAGCUGUUCAGCCAAUAUCGAGUGAUCGCCAUUCGGAGCAAACCGGACAACGCUAAGUGGCAAAAAUCAAAAUUGGAGCAAGCCAGGAAGAAUGCACCCGCCAUUGCCGGCAGUGUUUGGUGUGCUGCCCCUUUUGGAAAUACUUCUACUGGUGACCACCGACAAACCCAUGGUGGCUACGGCCCACCAACCAGCACGGGCUGCAGACACAUCGAAGCGAGCCUCGGCACACGUCCCCGGUGAUUUCAUCAUCGGUGUCCUGUUUUCGGUACACCACCAGCCCCGGCAGAAACGGUCCGGUCCGAACCAUUUCCUGUCCUGCGGAGAGGUUCGCGAGCACUACGGCAUCCAACGGUCGGAGGUUACAUUCAAAACUAUAGAUGAAAUCAACCAGAACCCUACGCUUCUGCCAAACAUCACCCUGGGAGUGGAAAUCAGGGAUUCCUGCUGGUACGCACCAGUUGCUCUUCAGCAAAGCAUCGAACUGAUACGGGAUUCCAUAUCACCCCCAACGGGCAGCAUUGCUUCCCCGCGGAAUGUUAGCGCAGGGGGAAAGCACUCGAAUGGCAUGUCCAGUCUCACCCAUCAGGAUGUGUGCUUGGCAAUAAAUCAAAACAUAUCGCUCGAUUACAACGGUCCCAUCAACAAGCCUCCCAGUAAGUUCCACCAAACACUGGUUGGCGUAAUCGGCCCCGGGUCCAGUUCGGUUGCCCUACAGGUUCAAAAUUUGCUUCAACUCUUUUCGAUUCCGCAAAUCGGCUAUUCGACCACAUCGAAAGAUCUCUCCGAUAAGGCACGCUACAGCACCUUCAUGCGUGUCGUUCCAUCUGACUACUACCAGGCCCAGGUGAUGGUCGACGUGGUCCGGCAAUUUAACUGGACCUACGUGUCGGCCGUCAACACCGACGAAAACUAUGGCCAGUCCGGAAUUCAAGCCUUCCGUGAAUUGGCAGAGAAAUAUGGCGUGUGUAUUGCCCGAGAGGAUUCGAUCCUGAGCAACGCCGAGGACGAAUCGUUUUCCGAUGUCCUUCGGAACAUUGAACAGGACAAGAAUGCCAACGUGGUGGUUUGCUUUUGCGAAGGAAUGACCGUCCGCGGUUUGCUCAAAGCGAUGAAAAAACUCAACAUGACCGACCGGUUCCUGCUGAUCGGAAGCGAUGGAUGGGCUGACCGACCGGAUGUCGUCCAGAACUACGAACCUCAAGCGCUGGGAUCGAUAUCGAUCCGAAUCCACAGUCCGUACGUGAAGUCGUUUGACGAUUACUAUUUCUCGCUAAAUCCGUUCACCAACAAACGCAACCCGUGGUUCCGGGAGUUUUGGGAGGUUAAAUUCGAUUGUCGCUUUCCGUCCAACGAUGCGGACCCGGUCGAGGCGAAGCAUUCCAACGAGGUAAAACCAAUUUGCACAGGGAAGGAGAAACUAUCGGACCGGUACAAGCAGGAGCCCAAAAUGAGCUUCGUAAUCAAGGCAAUCUACACGAUGGCAUAUGCUCUGCAGGCCUUGCAGCAGGACUCGUGCGGCCGGAGCGUCACUGGCAUCUGUCCGGCCAUGUUUCCCUUCAACGGAACGCAGUUUUUCAACUACCUCAUGAAUGUAUCCUUCUCGCACGACGGCGACCUCGUGGAGUUUGACAAUAGGGGCGACCCACCCGGACGAUAUGACAUCAUGAACUUCCAACUGAUCAAUGGCAGCUACGAUUACGUUCCAGUUGGAGAGUGGAAUAAUGGAUCGCUAACCUUUACGCAGAAUCUGCAGGCAUCGCCGGUGGAAUCCGUUUGUUCAAAACCGUGUCCACCCGGUUCUUACAAGAAUCUCCAAACCGGAGGACAGGAGAAGCAGUGCUGCUGGGUGUGUGUUCCCUGCGAGCGGCACCAGAUACUCUACAAUGAGACCCACUGUCGGAACUGCGAUGCCGGACAUUGGCCAGAUUCUGCGAAAACGGAAUGUCUUCAAACCCCAAUCGAGCAUAUGCAGUGGGACGACACCGAGGCGAUUGUAGCCAUGUCCUUCUCGGUGCUAGGAUUCAUCACGACCGGGCUGGUGUUUGUGGUAUUUCUGCGGCACAACGACACUCCGGUGGUUAAGUCUUCAACCCGGGAGCUGUGCUAUCUGAUUCUCGUUGGGAUGAUCAUAUCACAUAGUUCAAUUUUCGCAAUCCUAGCUAAGCCAUCGUCAUUGUCGUGCCUGAUGAGUCGAGCUCUACCGGGAAUUUCAUUUGCAAUGAUCUAUGCUUCAUUGCUGGUGAAAACCAACCGCAUUGCGAGGAUCCUGGCAGGAUCGAAGAAACGCUUUCCGACCAAGAAACCCAAGUUUAUGUCCGCGGCUGCUCAAUUGGUCAUAACUGGAAUGUUGAUCUCAAUAGAGAUUGCCAUAGCCGUAUUUAUACUUAUUAUGGAACCUCCCAGUACGGAGCACCAAUAUCCGACCAGACAACGGACGGUGCUCGCUUGCAAUACAACUCGCAUGGGAAUCCUGGUACCACUGGCGUUCAUCUUCUUGCUGAUUAUACUGUGUACCCUGUACGCCUGGAAGACGAGAAACGUUCCGGAGAACUUCAACGAGGCCAAGUUCAUCGGUUUCGCCAUGUACACGACUUGCGUCAUCUGGGUAGCCUUCGUACCGAUUUACUUCGGUUCGGAGUCGAAGAUCAUAACCAUGUGCAUCUGUAUUUCGCUAUCGGCCAUGGUUACCCUGGUAUUCCUGUUCUUCCCCAAGCUCUACAUCAUACUUAUCCGACCCGAGAGGAAUAUCCGAGCGCUCUUCACCACUUCCAAAAGCAUUCGUUGCCACAUUGGCUCCAGAGUCGCUUCCGCCAUCUCGCACAAAACAUCGUCUUCCUAUUCGAGCGGUCCCGGACCACCGGACGACUUUGGAGACUACAGUUUCGAUGCACCGAAACCGAUCAUCCGAUCGUCUUCAUGUCAAACUUCCUUAGAACUGCUGAACAAACUCCUAGAGGUACAAUUAUACGAGCUCGGGAAACCGUCCCCUCAAACAACUCCCAUUACCCGCCAACGGACCAUUUCUUCCGCUCUCAAGCAGGUCCGCUACAGUCUCUCACCGAUGAAGUCCUCCGCCAAGAAGACCUCUAAUCCAGACAAGCAUUUACUCGUCCCAGAAGUUGACCUUCUAAAUAUAAACAACAACAACAACCUUAGCACUGACCGCCGGACGGUCACCUUCGACUACACCCGCAAGGCUUCAAUAAGUGAUCCGAGCGAUUUCUCCGAAAGCUCCAUCAACCGAGACACAUGUUACCACUGCGCCCAGCUGGACGCCGUUCGCUACAAGUACGACCUGAUCGAUGCCACCGAUGACCUGCUGCCGGAUUCGUCCAGUACGCUGGAACAGCAACCACAGCCCAACGGUGGAGUGUACAUGAUCAAUUCCGGUGCUAUCAAUGGGACGGCAACGCUCGGCAAAGGAUACGGCAAGUACGCCAAGACGAUGAUCAGCGAGGAAAGCCUCUCGGAGUGCUCGAUCAGUACCAUGUCGGAGUCGUGCGAUUGCAAGUACAAGAGCAUUACCAUCAAGUUUCCCAAACCGAUCGUUGGCCAGCAGCAGGUGAUGUACUUUUGAUCAGCGGUCAUUUAGUGUGAUUAUGGGGGAAAGAUGAAUUUAUAGCAACUCUGUGGUAGUCGAUUGUAAUAGUGUUUAGAUUUUUUUCUUUCCAAUUGAACUUUCGAAGAUUUAGGCGCAAGAUGUUUCUAUUAGUAGCAAAAAAGAGUAGUGAGAACAACGUGAUAAAUCAAAUUUCUUACAUAUAAUAGAUGCGAUGAAA